CUGCUCAGACAGUCUGCCCGCGGCCACCGAUCACACGGUUCGAUGCCGAGCCUUCUCCUCAAUCAACUCCUUCUUUGAAGCAAUGUGUCGGAGGUGUGAGGAGCCCGGCUCUCCGCUCCUUCGCGCCGCCCAGGAGCCAUGGCGGAGCGGACACUGAGGAGGGAGCAGCGGCCGGAGCACAGCGGCUCCACAGCAGCGGCUCAGAGGAACCAUCCUCGUUAUCGGCAGCACGACCACAACUGUUACUGACGGAGGACGAUGGUGACGGCGGGUAAAGUUUUCCUCACAGAAGUCGAGCAUUUGCCGUUCAACUUUGCUCUGACCGACAUUGCGCUCACCUCCAUGGGAUCGUAGCGCCGCAGACUUAGUUCCGCUCCUGCCUCCGCGGGUCCUACAGCCAUCUGCCUCGGGCGUAAAUCUGGCGCACUGUCCCGCAGCGGCGCUUUAAUAUUUGAUAGCCAAAUCAGUGGAGGUUAACAUGGGGGCAAAGCAGAGCGGCCCCACCGCUGGUCCAGCUGCGAACGGCCGCACCAGAGCCUACUCCGGCUCGGACCUGCCCUCCAGUACCUCCAGCAGCAACGGCAGUAACGUGGGCAGGUCUGCCGCCGGGGCAGUGAGGUACCACGGAGCCUCGGUAGCCACGUCCGGCACCAGCCAGCACAUCGGGGCCAGGGCCAGGACCAGGACCGCAGGGGGCUCCGGGACCAGACCUCGGUCUGGGAUCAACAUUCCCAACAGCAGAGGAGCGUACAGCUCCCCGGAGUCCGAGGGCAGCAGCCCGGAGGAGGCAGCGGACAUGGAGCACUCCCGCAGAGAGCACGACGGUCCCCGGCUGCUGAUAGGGUCAUUACCGGCUCACCUCUCGCCCAAUCUCUUUGGAGGCUUCAAGUGCCCUGUGUGCUCCAAGUUCGUGUCCUCGGAUGAGAUGGAUCUUCACCUGGUUUUGUGUUUAACCAAACCCAGAGUGACGUACAACGAGGACGUCCUCACUAAGGAUGCAGGAGAAUGUGCGAUCUGCCUGGAGGAGCUGGUGCAGGGAGACACCAUCGCUCGCCUGCCCUGCCUCUGCAUCUACCACAAAGGAUGUAUCGACGAGUGGUUUAAAGUGAACAGAUCGUGUCCGGAGCAUCCGUCAGAUUGAAGCUUUUUUUGCACAGGUACCCCACAAUGAAGGAUCUACUAGAUUAAGAGUGGAUCCUGGGAGACUGCCGGACACUGUGACCACUGUGAUCAGUUAACCACCCCCACCCUCAAAAAUAAUGUAGUACCAUGGUGUGCCAAAUCUCAUUGAAACAAUCUUCAGGGAUACAGACUUUCUGUUUAUGUUCGAGUUGCACAUCCACACUCCACAGUGUCAGACUGGACCAGCCGUUCCUCAACUCGCAUCUUCUGCAGCCCUGACGCUCACAGCCACACAGGGCGCCAUGACAGGCACGACUCUUCUCCCUGGACGGCCACUGGACGGCAGGUGUGAGUAUUUUCUACACCAGGAAACUGGAGGAGAAGGACACGGUCCUGCACCCAGAGCGGGGAGGAGGGGGGGUGUCAGGACGAUGAUGAAUUAUCCUUCCCCCCUCCGACUCUGUCCCUCCCCUUCUCCCUCAGCAUCAGUGUGUACCAGUGCCUUGUGGUAGUGAAGCCCAGCCGCAGAGGAGUCCACACUGUCAGCAGAGCCUGGACCUGCAAGAGCAUCUCACCUCAACUACCACUCUACCAGUUCAGAGCUGAGCCAGAGACAGGACGGCAGCGGACAUAUGUCUGCACCAGCAGCACGGGCGAUAUUAGAACUAAAGCUGCUGUAAAAACGGUGCCAACACACACACACACACACACAUACACAAACACACACACUCACACAAUCAUCAGUGCUCUUGUGGAGGUCUGACUGUGUUUCUGCAGCUGUGACAAGAAAAAAGCAGAGUCUCUCAAUAUGAUCAGAUUUACCUAGAACCUCUUCACCUUAUAACGGGAUAUUUUUCAUGUUGCAAUAAAAUACAACCUCUUUUGCCAGAGAUUUGAUGGAACAAUGAGAUAUAAGAAAAGUCGCUGACAUUUCGAAACGUUAAAAGUUUCUUGCUAUAUACAUUUUCUGUUUGAUGUUAAUACACAUGUCAGAACAAAAAUCAGUGAGAAGAAGCUUGAGUCAGUUUUUGCUGUGUCUUGUUCAACAGUGACUUCAAGGAAUAACAAGCCUCAGUUGUUUUCACUUUCAAUCUGUCAAAACAUAUCUGUCAUUUGACAGGAUUGUAUUAAUGGUAUUGAUUUACCACUUGAUCAUCUUUUUAGCAAGGGAAGAUACAUGUCAAGAAAGAAAGUAAAGAAAAAAAUGUGUUUUGAAUUUCACAUUUACUGCAUCUUAAUUUUUUGUGUCAAGCAGAUUACAGACAUCAACUCUCAAAUGUCAGGUGCUGAGAAUUGGCACAAAUCAAACACUGUAAUAAGAAUGGUUGGUUGGAUGAUUUAAAAAGGGGUCGAAAUGAAUUGACGAUAUGACAGGACAGACAUAAAUUUAAGAUAAACAUGUGAACAAUAAAAGACAGAUAUUGGAACAUAAUGUAUAAAUCACUUUUUUAAGAUAUUACACUUCAGUGACAGUGCUUGGUUUGUGUCAAUUCUUUGCACCUGCCUGUACGUGGUUGGAGAUAAUCUGAGUCUGCACAGUGAGGAAGAUUAAGCGUUAAAAAAUAAUUACCAUUUAACAAAUGUGGACUUCAAGACAUUAUUUUCUAGUUAUUACUGGGACAUAGUUUUACCGAGAGUUGACAGUAGAGAGAGUGAAAGUACGUGAAGGGUUGUCACCUCAAGCCUUACGCCAUCAGGGCAACAAUAUUUACCUUCAGUGAGUGAAGAUUCUGCUGGUUUGAAGACCUCAUGAGGGGGAACAGUGUGAAGACUCCUCUGGACGACCUCCUCAGUGGAAUCACUGUGUGGACCCCAAAGCUCCAAACCUGUCUUUGAAUGUGUGACCCUUUGCCUCCACACCCUGCUUCUUUUUUUUACAUGACUCAGAGUCUAGUGCUCUUCCCACCACCCUGAAGAUCAUUUUUUUAUAUUCUGAGAAAAUUUUUAAAAAGCCGCUUCAUUGUUUCCUUAAUGGCAGCUUGAAAGCAAUCUGCUUCAUGUGGAGCUUCUUAAUGAGUUCAUGAUGAUGUUUUCAUUCAAAAAUGUUAGGGGACAUUUCACCACUGGUUAACUAUGGCCUCCAGCGCUUGUUUCUUAUCCCCUCAUUCCAGGUACUAGAAGCAUGGCAGUGUGAGAGGGGGCAAGGAAAGACAAGGCAACAUUCGUGUAUCACUACCAUUUCUGUGAUGCUACAAUUCUGUGCACGUCCGUGUCCAGCCAACCAGAUGCAUGCGUCCAGGUUCAUCUUCCAACUGGUCAACAGCUACAGAGCAGCUUAUUUUCCAGGUCAUUCCCCUUGAACCAGCGAGAAGGAAGUAAUCAGCCGCUAAAUCCCCAAUCCACAUCUCUCCUGUCUGUCCCACAGUAACCUGGGCUCAGUCACACACACUCACAACAUGCAUCCUCUAACUCUGCGAAAACGAAGAAACUUGUAAAUUAUAUUACAUAUGUGAAGACCAGUCUACUCUGUUAAUUGUCAACCCAAUUAAAAUACAAAACUGUGACUGGAGUAUUUAAUCCCAAUCAUAUUGUAGUAAAGCUUUUAUUUAAAUAUGAUAUAUAAAUAUUUUGUUUGUGCUGCGCCUGGCUGCCUCAAGCUGUGGGUUUCUUAUGUCUUUAGAAAAAAAGUUGUGCUUCAGGCAAUGCUCUGUUGCUGUGAGAAACUGACAUCACUGAGUAAUCUGGAAUCAGUGGCGUGCUGCCAAGGCCAGCAGGUCCAGCACUGCGUGACCCGUUGGAGCUAAAACCAGACGUCAAGUAGAACGAAAGCGAAGUGGGAGAUACCUGUCCUCAUAUCUGAUCUCAGGACAGUGUCUGUCCUGUUUGCUUCUACAGAUUCAUCAUGUAGUGUACUGCCCUCUUGUGGUGGCUCUAGUCUAUUGUCUCUUAAAACAAGUUUGACUUUCAUUAAUCGUCAUCCUCAUAGACGUCUGUGUCUAGUGUGUUGUCGAGCUGCCUUUUACUCAGCUGGCUCUGUUCUCAGAUCAAUUAUAGUACACACAUUAUCAUACACACGUGCAGAUGUGUGUGAAAACUGGACUUGCACAUUAGAAAAUUAUACCCAACAUUUUUCUUGCUAAAUUUUAAGAGGCAGCAGCAGAUAAUCUAACAAAUUACACUUUAUCUCAGAUUCGUAAACUGUUUUACUUUUCUGGUCAACGUGUGACUGUGAGGAGUUAGGAACAGUGAGGUGUGUGUUGUUGUUGCAGCUUUUAUUAACUCAUUUCACACAGGUCUGUUCCUCCAGGGGCCCUGAGCAGGAUACGUUAGGAUGCCCUGCAUCAUAGUGAUCGAUGCUUCAGAGAGCAGAGAGGAUCUUUUCUUUAAGUUUGACACUAGUUGUUUUACAAUAACCAUAUUAUAUUUUGAUGUUAUUUAAAACAGGAGAACGUGACAGCCAUUAUUCUAUGAAUUUGACUGAAAGUGAAGGAUAAAAACAACUUUAUUCAAUUAUAGUUUUCAUUAUAACCAUAUAAACCAUAUAUCAGCACUGGCUGAAAAACACGUGUCCCCCUGUUUCAUCAAAAAGACACACAAUCACUUAACUGAAUGUGUUAUAUGUAUCGUUAUUUAUAUUACUGGCUUUAUUUUCAUUAGUCAGAAAAAAACGCAAACUGAAAAAAAAAUCACAGUAUAAGAAGAAAUGAAGGCUAUUUAGUGCCAGUUUGAGGAAAUUAAAGUCAUACUUCUUCUUUCGGGCACAGGAAGAACCGGCAGUCCAGCAUCAUGAGGGAGGAGAGUUUUAUCUCAGGUUGUCUAGAGGUUUGUUGUGGUAGUUUCAGUUUUCCUUGGCAGUGCAGUAAACAGCUCAUUGAGUUGGUUGUUAGGUUUGUGGGCCAGACAUUGGUUGAUGAGGGCAUUUUUUUCAGUUCCCUCUGCAAAUUACCACACAACAAUGGAUUCAAGAAUACCACAUUUUACAGAAAGUCUAUUGAGCUUGGACUUUAUAUAUAUAUAUAUAUAUAUAUAUAUAUAAGAAAGUUUUUAGCGUCUGUUAUAAUUCCUUCUGUUCGAACUGGCCAUUCAAUGGUCAUCUUGUAGUUUAUCUAGAAUGAAUAUGUCUAACUCAGAAGGCCUCAGAUUUAACAUUUGUGAACGUUCAUGCAUCACACUGGAAUGAUCGUAAUUACUGGUUUCUAACUGCACACCAUUAGCAUCAACAUGCAAGUUAUAAUUCGCUGAUGACCCUCUCUCAUACAUCUGACCUGGCACUAAACAAUACAGAAGAGUCUGAGAUCCAGUAUCCACUUAAAAUGUUAUGGAAAAUAUUUUUUAACACAAUGCAGCAACACAGUCAAACAACAUCUUUAUUCGUCAGACUGCCGGAGUGUUUGCUUAUUGUAAAAAUUCAAAUCUUUGCCAAUUGCUCCCUUAGAUAGUAAACGAUCAUAGUAAGGUGUAUUAUGGGAAGUGUAGUAUCCAGGGUGACUGGGACUGGAAGGACCAUUUCUUUUUCACCAUUCUUUUUCCUGUGUGUUUGGUGGGAGUGCUAUCCUAACUUACUGGAGUAUCCCUUUCAAGAACUACAUCCUGUACAUAUUAAUACUUAAAAAAAAUGUUCAUCUUUAUUGUACGUGUCUUGACUUGGAAUCAGAGAGAAGGAACCUACUGGGUGACUGGAGAAAACAAAGGAGGAAAGUGUUGAGUUUGGAGUUUCGGGAUCCACCCUCAUGAUUAAUGCUCCGUCACAUCACAUGCAAAGAUUAGCUGAGCCCUGUAUUACCCUGUGUACAGAGUCAUGUAGUGUUAAUGAAGCUGGAAGCAGCGAGGACACGUCACAGGGCUCGUACUGGACCUUCAUCAUCAUCAUCAUCAUCAUGUUCCCGAUUAAGAAUGUCGGAGGAAAAGUGAGACAGAUCUGGCCUUAAUAGAAAUGCUGACGUUGAUUUGUCUGUGCUCAUAUUUUUUGUAUCGACUUGAACUUUCCGCCUGAAAUAGCACACUGAGUCAUCCCUCAUCCAAAGUGCAGGGACUGAACCCUUUAGCUGAAGAUUCAAAUAAAGAGUUACAGAGGGCAAGGCCAGUGUUAAAUUCAACAAGCCAUCAGCUUAACUUCUAUGGUGUAAGAUUUUUUUUUUUUAUGAAGAUGUUGGUGUUUGUGAGAUUGCAGUGAGUUGAAACAAACUGUGAACUGGCUGAAGUUUCGUUAAGGAUGUAAAGGUUGUGUUUCCGGUCUUUGACCUGUACUGGGAGAACAGUAUCGAGUUGAAGCACUGUCCUAAAACAAGCCUCGUAUGGGAAACUAUAGAAUCAGUCGAGCACUUUUUAGCUUGUAAUGUAUUUGUUUGCCAGUUCUAAGCCCCAACAAGCAUUACCUUGUAUAACAGAGAAUGUGUGAUGUUCAAUACGUAACAAACACACAAUCACAACACAAAAUGUAUUCAAAUAUUUAUUUUAUGUAAAACUAUGUACAAAAAGCAAUGAAGAGUAUCAUUUGUAUACCAAUAAUUCUGUUUUAGUUACUGCAUUUUUAUCUCAUGUUACUUUGUGUUUGAAGCUGAUCAGAAUUUUUCAGUAAAAAGUUGAAUCAG